AUGAAAGGAGGCUGGCAUCCCAAAGGAAAGGAUGGUGGUCGCGAGUCAUGGCGCGGCGACUUCAAGGGCAUCAAUCAAGUGGCAGGUUGGAUGGGCAAGGGCAAACACGCCGAACUACAAGCAGCGAACGAACACGUCUCGAGGCCACUGGCGACUUUGAAAGAUCCUUCCUCUUUUGGUCCUCCACCAAAGAACGUUAACUACCAUGGAGGGGCAGCGUUGCCCAACGAGAUUACUCCCCACCGCGAGGGCCUUGGGGCUCCCCUGCCGCAGGACCAUCUCUCUCGUACCCAGAGUGCAACUGCAGUUCCAACAGCGCAAGAGGUUGAACAGUCUGGAAGGCCAUCACCACCAGUACUGCCUUAUCGAGCAGAUCGUACUGGUUUGAGAACAGACAAUCUGCCACCUCCCCCAGUCCGCGCAGGUGGGCUCCGAUCCUCCCAGUCACCGGCGCCCACCAUUCAGCCACGACUCCCUCCAAGACUACCAACCAGACAGAACACGAGAUCUCCACCAGCCCAAGAGCCACCUCCUCCUUCGUACGAUGUAGUGACGGAUCAGAAUGCAACAAGCCCUUUCAUAAAUCAGGCUGCAGUUGGUAAGCUAGGCAAGGCUGGUGUAUCUGUUCCUGGUCUUGGUAUCGGCAACCAGACUGAGACAAAUCCCUGGGCAAACGAAGGUAGUCAGUCCCAAACAUCUAGCACCAAUCAGUUAUCAGAGCUACACUCGAGGUUCGCAAAGGUGAAAUCGCCAUCCCAUGACACCACUGAUAUCCCAACUGCUCCGAAUGCUCAGGCAAACCCUCCUGUAGAAACCUCUUUGCCGUCAUGGCAGCAAUCACAAUCCGCGUUCAAGGCAGCACAAAAUAUGAGGAUGAAUCCUCAAUCAGUCACCUUGGCAGAUGCUCAAUCUGCUGCCCAGACCGCCAGCCAAGCUCAGAGAUCUGCCAGUGGAUUUAAAGAGAAGCAUGCUGAUAAAAUCGCAAAUGCUCAAGCCAAAGCAAAAUCGUGGGAUCAGAGAUACAAAGUGACAUCAAAGAUCAACAAAUUUCUGGACGAUCAAUCCGAUCCGAAUCCUGCCCAGCAGCCACCACAGUCUGUGCCGGCUGGGCAACAGUAUCAGCAACCAAUACACAAUCCAGGGACUUAUACCUCACACCCUCAGCUUUCGCAGAACUCGGCCGUUGUACCACAACCAGUACAGUCACCGCCUAUCUCUGAGCUAUCUGCCUCAAUAGCCAGAAAGCCACCGCCUCCUCCUGCACCAAGAAAGCCAGCCAAUCUACAGGCUCCUCCGCCGGUCCCUACAGGAACUAAACCAAACUUCGGCUGA